CUCCGCCGCGUGUCCCGGGGUUGGCCCGAGCCCGUGCGGGCCCUUUAAGGGCCGGGGGCGUGUGACGGGCCCGCCCCCUCCCCGCAGCGCCCGCCGUCCGUUAAGUGCGAGCCCGGGCGCAGGGGCCGGAUCUGGCCGGGGGCCGGCGGUGGUGUGGAAGCGGCGCGCCAUGUACACCAUCACCAAGGGGCCCAGCAAGCUGGUCGCGCAGCGCCGCACAGGUCCCACGCAGCAGCAGGUGGAGGGCCGGCUCGGCGAGCUCCUGAAAUGCCGGCAGCCCGCGCCGCCGACCUCGCAGCCCCCGCGGGCGCAGCCCUUCGCGCAGCCGCCGGGACCUUGGCCCCUGUCGAGUCCAGGGCCAAGGCUUGUGUUCAAUCGUGUGAAUGGCCGGCGGGCCCCCUCCACGUCCCCAUCCCUCGAGGGGACCCAGGAGACCUACACACUGGCCCACGAGGAGAAUGUCCGCUUUGUGUCCGAAGCCUGGCAGCAGGUGCAGCAGCAGCUGGAUGGUGGCCCAGCCGGUGAGGGCAGGCCAAGGCCUGUGCAGUACGUGGAGAGGACCCCCAAUCCCCGGCUGCAGAACUUCGUGCCCAUUGACCUGGACGAGUGGUGGGCACAACAGUUCCUGGCGAGAAUCACCAGCUGUUCCUAGUGGCUGUUGGGAGAGGGCGCUGCUGCACAGCCGACCUGUGGCCAGGAGAGAAGCAUGAUGCCCCACCCACCCACCGCGCCUGGCUGGGUGCCGGCCACACCUGAAGUGCCAGCAUUUGGACUUUUGCACCUGUUGUUCCCUUGGCCCGGCUGUCCCAACCAAGCUGCCAUGGCCAGGGGCCGAACCCAUCUGACCUCAGCCCUGCUCACUGUGCCCAGGGACCAGCGACCGGCCCCUGGGGCUGGUGGGGAGGAGCUCCAGGCUAAUAAAGUCGAGAAACUGCC